AAAUAGUGCGUUGGGCGUAGCGGCGGAAGGAUACAGCGCGUUCUGUAUAAAUAGUCGGAUCUUUUGUUUUGCGCACUCAGAUAGAUCCGCUUCCCUGACGAGAGAAAAGAGACUCACUCACUCCGCGCUCUUCCAGAAAAGAACAUUUGUUUCGUAAAGAUGCAGAUCUUUGUAAAGACGCUGACUGGCAAGACCAUUACCCUUGAGGUUGAGCCCAGCGACACCAUUGAGAAUGUCAAGGCCAAGAUCCAGGAUAAGGAAGGCAUUCCUCCUGACCAGCAGCGUCUGAUCUUUGCCGGCAAGCAGUUGGAAGAUGGACGCACGCUGUCUGACUACAACAUCCAGAAGGAAUCUACCCUCCACCUGGUCCUUCGUCUGAGAGGUGGUAUGCAGAUCUUCGUCAAGACUCUGACCGGCAAGACCAUCACCCUUGAGGUUGAGCCCAGCGACACCAUUGAGAACGUCAAGGCCAAGAUCCAGGACAAGGAAGGCAUUCCUCCUGACCAGCAGCGUCUGAUUUUUGCUGGCAAGCAGCUGGAAGAUGGACGCACACUGUCCGACUACAACAUCCAGAAAGAGUCCACCCUCCACCUGGUGCUCCGCCUCAGGGGUGGUAUGCAGAUCUUCGUCAAAACCCUGACUGGCAAGACCAUCACUCUUGAGGUGGAACCAAGUGACACCAUUGAGAACGUCAAGGCCAAGAUCCAGGACAAAGAAGGCAUUCCUCCUGACCAGCAGCGUCUGAUCUUUGCUGGCAAGCAGUUGGAAGAUGGACGCACACUGUCCGACUACAACAUCCAGAAGGAGUCCACCCUCCACCUGGUCCUUCGUCUGAGAGGUGGUAUGCAGAUCUUCGUCAAGACUCUGACUGGCAAGACCAUCACUCUUGAGGUUGAGCCCAGCGACACCAUUGAGAACGUCAAGGCCAAGAUCCAGGACAAGGAAGGCAUUCCUCCUGACCAGCAGCGUCUGAUUUUCGCUGGCAAGCAGCUGGAAGAUGGGCGCACGCUCUCCGACUACAACAUCCAGAAGGAGUCCACCCUCCAUCUGGUGCUCCGCCUCAGGGGUGGUAUGCAGAUCUUUGUUAAGACCCUGACUGGCAAGACCAUCACUCUUGAGGUUGAACCAAGCGACACCAUUGAGAACGUCAAGGCCAAGAUCCAGGAUAAGGAAGGCAUUCCUCCUGAUCAGCAGCGUCUGAUCUUUGCUGGCAAGCAGUUGGAAGAUGGACGCACGCUGUCUGACUACAACAUCCAGAAGGAGUCCACCCUCCACCUGGUCCUUCGUCUGAGAGGUGGUAUGCAGAUCUUCGUCAAGACUCUGACUGGCAAGACCAUCACUCUUGAGGUUGAGCCCAGCGACACCAUUGAGAACGUCAAGGCCAAGAUCCAGGACAAGGAAGGCAUUCCUCCUGACCAGCAGCGUCUGAUUUUCGCUGGCAAGCAGCUGGAAGAUGGACGCACACUGUCCGACUACAACAUCCAGAAGGAGUCCACCCUCCACCUGGUCCUUCGUCUUCGUGGGGGCAAUUAAUCUGCUUAAAUUUAAUAUAUGAGUCUUGAAAAUUAUCAGACCAAUUCCCAUUUCCUUUGUUCCUCUUAAACAUUCAAUAAAGUUCUGGCAUUCCUGA